ACAGAUUGCAAAAGAGUCCGGUGAAAGCUCAUAUGUGACAGCACGCUGACUGGUGCGCAAACAUCUCGGAUCCUUUUGUUUGCAAAGCUGAUUUUUCUGCAAUGUCAAAAGAUAUGAAAUAUCUAGUGCUGGAAAACUAUAUCGGUGGGAAGUUUGUACCAUGUUCCAAGCUAGUGGACUCUUUUGACCCAUCGACGGGAGAGAUUUAUUGCAAAGUUCCAGACAGUGGACCUGAAGAGGUGGAUGCUGCAGUGAGGGCAGCCAAAGAGGCCUUUCCUGAUUGGUCAGCUAAGAGCCCAGCAGAGAGAGCCAAAGUACUGAAUAAACUGGCAGACCUGAUAGAGGCUCGACUGGAGGAGUUUGCCCAGGCUGAGUCUAAAGACCAGGGGAAGACUAUAACGUUUGCCCGAAAUGUGGACAUUCCACGAUCAGCGUACAACUUCCGUUUUUUUGCUUCAUCUGUCCUGCAUCACACUAAUGACUGCAGUCAGAUGGAUCACAUGGGCUGCCUCAACUACACAGUACGCUGUCCUGUAGGAGUGGCUGGUCUUAUAAGCCCAUGGAAUCUGCCACUGUAUCUCCUGACCUGGAAGAUUGCUCCGGCUGUUGCUACAGGAAACACUGUGGUUGCGAAACCUAGUGAAGUGACCUCAGUCACUGCCUGGAUGAUGUGUCAGCUAUUGGAGGAAGCUGGCUUUCCACCCGGUGUGGUCAACAUUGUCUUUGGUACAGGCCCACGGGCCGGGGAUGCAUUGGUGUCUCACCCUGACGUGCCGUUGAUCUCAUUUACGGGGAGCACGGCUACAGCAAGACUGAUAACAGAACGAAGUGCGCCGUAUUGUAAGAAGCUUUCAUUGGAGCUUGGCGGGAAAAACCCGGCUGUUAUAUUUGCUGAUGCUGACAUGGAUCAAUCCAUCAGCACUACUGUACGAUCCAGCUUCUCCAAUCAGGGAGAGAUCUGCCUGUGUACCAGCAGAAUCUUCGUUGAGCGGAGCAUUUACCCAGAAUUCCUCACUCGUUUCGUGGAGGCGGUACGUCGGUGGAAAACUGGAGUGCCCUCUGACCCCUCCAACGAUAAUGGAGCGCUCAUCAGCAAAGAGCAUCUACAGAAGGUUAAAGGUUAUGUUGCUUUGGCGCUGGCAGAAGGUGCACAGGUGCAUUGUGGGGAGGGUGUGGACAACCUUACCCUUCCACAGCAUAAUGCAGAUGGCUAUUUCAUGUUGCCCACCGUCAUCUCUGGAGUAAAAGACUCCUCCGCAUUGAUGCAGGAAGAGAUUUUCGGUCCUGUAACCUGUGUGACACCCUUCGAUGAAGAAGAGGAAGUGAUAUCACGGGCCAACGGCGUACGCUACGGCUUAUCCGCCACGGUGUGGUCCCGAGAUGUGGGGCGCGUACACAGGGUUGCUAGGAAACUGCAGGCUGGGUUGGUGUGGACCAACUGCUGGCUGGUCAGAGACUUAAAUCUUCCAUUCGGUGGCAUGAAAAACUCUGGCAUUGGUCGAGAGGGGGGGAAAGACUCAUACCACUUCUUCACAGAGGUUAAAGUCGUCACCAUCAAACACUGACACAGGAUGAAGCAAUGCAUGCAGGGAUAGUGAAUCACUCAUGUGUCAUUUCAAAUCUGUGUGUAAAUUAUAUAAAGGAAGCAAUCAGAGAUCAGACUUAAUAUGAUUGGGAAUAAAUUUAAUAAAAAAGUG